CUGUCAUGGUGGACCUGUUCCUGGGGAAGGUUCUGGUGAAGAACAAUAAAGACAGAGACGAGCUGGACACGGAGCGUGAGAUCGUCCUGCGGCUCCAGAACCGCAUCCUCAUGCUGUUCUUCGGCUCCGGCGAGUGCGAGAAGUGCCAGGAGUUCGCACCGACGCUCAAAGACUUCUACAAGAAGCUCACGGACGAGUUCUACGUGGAGCGAUCGGCUCAGCUGGUCCUGCUGUACGUCUCGCUGGACUCCUCCGAGGAGCAGCAGGAGAAGUUCCUGAAGGAGCUGCCCAAACGCUGCCUGUUCCUGGCCUACGAGGACCCCUACAGACAGGAGCUGAGCGAGAUGUUCGAGGUGCAGGAUCUGCCCAGGGUGGUGGUUUUGCGUCCGGACUGCUCCGUUCUCACAGCCGAUGCCGUGGAGGAAAUCUGUAAGCUGGGGCAAGACUGCUACCGCAACUGGCAGGAAGGGGCGGAGCUUAUCGACAGGAACUUCAUGAUGAACGAGGAGUUCGACGAGGGCAAAAUGCGCAGCAUGACCGACCCCAUCCGACGAGUCAAAUACAAGGUGGAGGAGCAGAAGAAGAAGAAAAAGAAGAAGAAAAAGAAGAAGGAUGGGGUGAGUGUGGAGGAAGAGGAGGAGGAUGAGGAUGGAGAUGGAAAUGAUGGAGGAGGAGGUUGGGGCUGAGGAUAGGACUUCUGACGCUCUAAUAACUAUUAGUGAAAUGGACAGAAGCCACGAGUAAGUGUUGAGUAAACGUCGCUGAUCAGGUGAAAUAGCAACGCUGAAAAAAGAAAGAUGGAUGUCCUGCAGCAAUAGUUCUCAAACCUUUCUCCAAGCACCAUCAAUGUCCACAAUAGGGCUGCACGAUUAAUUUGUCAGUAAAGCCGGUUCUGCAAUCAACA